CCUUGGUGUCCUUGCAUAAGAACAUUCUGCAGGCUUGGCUUUUGUAGCUGACCUGCUCUCGUUUAGCACAAAAGCUCUGUUCUGGAUAUGUAGUUUUUAAACAGGCUGGAAACAGAGGUAUGGAAUGGGGUAUGUGUUGCAGCAGGAGGAAACAGUUCAAAGGAGGGGGCCAAAUUGUGUGUGGGAGCUGCACAGAGGGUCAAAUUGAGGUCUGGUUCUGUAAAGUAUGUAAGGAAGUUGCCAACACAAAUAUUACCUUGCAGUUUACAUGUGCUGAGAGAACGCAGCACAGCCCUGCAGCAGGGCUGGAACAGAGUAACCAUCAAUCUGGAUCCCCGAGGAUGUCAGUCAGGAAAGGAAGUGUGUGGUGCCAGAAAGCCUGGAUGGAACUGCAGGUUUAGAGGGCUCGUUGUUUGAAGUAUUUUUAAUUAUUGCUAUUAAUAUAAUGGAACACAGACUGGAAGGUGAAUUUUUUAGAUAUAAUUAAAGCAGAAGUCAGCAGAGGGAUUUCUCUGCUGUGAGGCAGAGGCACAGUCCAGCAGCGGUCCCUGCUCAGGAGGUUGAAUUCCCAGAGUGAUGAUACUCUCCGUGCAAUUCCCAACCUUGCUGGCAGCUCCUGCCAAACACUGGUUUGGAGGAAAGAAGUGAACUGAAGGGAUCAGAAGGCUUUCCCAAGCUUGUCCAGCGUUCUCCUUUGUCGGAGUACGAUUCCAGUUGGAAGGCAGCCAUCGGCACCUUGGCCAAGGAUGGGAACAGGCUGCAGAGUGUGGCGAGAGCUGCCCUCCAGCUCGGGCACUGGCCUCAGCUCCAUCUGGGCCAGCCAGUAAAUCACUGGCUCGCUGGAAAGGAGCCUCUCCGUCACGUUGCUGUACAAUGCAGCUUGAUGUUUGCUGUUCCAUUUUGAAUUAUUGAAUUAAAUUCUUUGGUAGUGAAUCAAAGAGUUAAACCAUCAGUCGUUGGAGGAAAGAAAGAAAAAAAAUCUUUCUUGCAACUGGGAUGCUUUUCAGGAACUUGGCUGCUGGGGAGGCGAGAGGCAUGUGCUUUUCCGCCCUGCUCUGGGUGAUGGCUUAGUUCAAGGGGGCCCAGAUUUGGCUCAGUCAACAGUUGUGUUGGCGUCUUGCCACCAAAUGUGCAUAAAAUGGAGCUGACUGCAAUUCCCUCCUCACUCCAACAUGGAGGGGCAGCCGGAGGGACCCGAGGCCUGCGGUGCCGUGCCGUGGGUUGGCUGGGCUGUGGGGGUUACCCUGGGAUGUGUGAUCCCUGCAGCACGAGCUGUUGCACUGUGACUGGAUCCUUGCUUUUGAGUCCCAGGCUUGUAUUUUGGUCUCUUGUCAUAACUAAUGCAUUUCAGACCUGCUUGUGCCUGUGCUCCCAAAAUCUCUCUCCCUUCUCACAGAGGCUUACGUGCUUUUCCAGCUGUACGAGGUUCAUCUCUCAUUUGCAGACUCUCCCUAUGGUUCUGUGGCUUAUGUGCAUUACCACAAAAUCAAGAUAAAGCGCAACUGGCAUUUUAGCUGCUUCGAGAACAUUGUGUGUAAAUAAACCACUAAAUAGUUCAGCCUGUGAAAUGUAAAUACACACAGCUCACUGCCACAGCUGAUGGUGUUUUUCUGUCUCCCUUCUACCCUCCCACCCUGCCAAGAGUGGGCCAGCCUGAUGUUCUUUUUUCUCUUGCUCUUUCAUACAAUGCAAAUGACUGCUAAGUACCAUGUAGGUGGUAUGCAGGCACCACGACAGAUUCAUGAUUUGAAUUUGGAUAAAAGGAAAUACUUGCAUCCUCUUCCACAUUGCUUCUGCACCAUCUUUUGGAGAUUCCUGGGCUCUGAUGACCCAGAAAUUCUGCCUCGGUCUGACUUUGAGCUUGAGCCCGUUUUUAGUAGUGAACUGGUGAAGUCAGUAGAAGAGCAGAGGCCCAACUGUGAUGACAUUUUUAGCCUGUGCCCUUUGUUCAUCCUAUACACAAAAGGUCGUGAACUGCAGUGAAAAAGGGAUCACGGAGGGCGCAGAAUGGACAAAAGUGGAACAAAUUACCAGUGGCAGAAACAUAAAGAAGAGAAGCGAAAGUUUUGUGUUCUGAAGGUGAUUGAAGAAGGCCACGUGCAUCCCAUGGUGAGAUCAUGUCUCUUGUAUUCAAAGUGAGUCUGCCCAGAGUGAAUUCAGAGUCUGCUGGUGAGGUGUGGCUUCCAUGAUCUCAGUGUAGGAGGCAGGAAGGGACCACACGGUUUCCAUGGUGUGAUGUUAAUGAGCACCUCCGUGUUUCUCUGGGAGAAAAGAUGCCAAAGCUGCAGUUCUGGUUACAGACAGGUGUGCUUUAAGCAAUAAAGGGACUUUUAAAGACAUGCGAAACAAACGAAAAGCCUGAUUCUGUAGACAAAGCACUGAGACAGUGUUUGCAGAUCUUCUCAUCUUCGAUAUGCUGAGGAAGGAAAUACACCUUCAUGUGAAAGUGGUGAACUUUCGGUUUGCAGUAAUGAAAUGUGUGUAAGUUGUAUGAGCCCUUUUCCUUGUGCAUUCCGUGUGUGCCACAGAGCAGUGAGCAGAGCUGGGGCACAAACUGGGGCACUGCUUGUUCUCUGAGCUCGCCCUGGGCAUCGCUGUCCCUUGGGACUGAGCCCUGCCAGAGCCCAGGUGUGGGCUCAGCCUGCUCCCAGAUGCUUCCUGCAGCAUCCAGCGAGCUGCUGGAAAAGGAGCUGGGUGCAUCUGGGAGAGCUGCAGCCACUGCAGUGCAGACGUGCCCCGAGGUGAACAGUGUUUGGGAUGAGGAAUGUCCACGUUCGGUUCCAAAUUUUACUAAAAACCUUAAAAUAAUAGAGAAAUCCUUUUCCCCUGCCGUGUAUUUUAUGAAAAAAUGGUUUGAUGUAUAACUGCUCAUUGCCAUUUCCUCUGGAGGCCUGACUCCAGCAGGCUGUGAGGUUGUUGGUGCGUGUCUGAGGGAAUUGCUAUUUAUUUAUCUCAGUGUUUCUUGGGUAGAACUGAGUGGUGUCUCAGGAACUUCAGGACAGUGGCUCUCAAUGGAGAAUUAGGUAUUCUGACGAGAGGAGUGAAUUUGGGCUCUAAUGAAUUUUGUGUUGUCUGAGGCUCUGUCAGGACUAGCACUCUGAGCAGAUCACAUGGAAACACACAGAUGGUUUUCCCAAAACGUGCAGUAUAGCUUUGAAAGAAAACACAAGACAAGUGUGCCAGUCUGUAGAAGAAAAGGAGAGGCAAAUAGAGAGCCAAGGUAUAUAUCCUGCUUGAUGACAGUAAGAUCAGCUGGUUUUUGGAAGAGAUUUGAGAAGUGAUGGUUCCAGGCUUUGGGUGUCAAUGAUGAAGAGCUUCAUUUUAUCUGUGUUGUUAAUUUGCGGAUAAGAAAUAGAUACCAGCUGGGUGUCUGGCUUUGUAUCACGUCCCCUUUUGGCAGUGAUGCUGUGGGAGAUGUGUCAGGAUGAAAAGUGGAAAAAGAGCUGGUCUCUGACUCAAGGUUUGACAGCUUUAAAAUCCUGAUAGACUGGAACGUGUUUUCCACCAUUGGUUUCUGUGGGGAGCAGUUCUUAGUUUGGGGAGAAUCCUGUAUCAACAAGAUGUACAAAGUGUGUUUGGUUUUGGUUUUUAGUAUCUCUAAGUGAGGAGUGGGAAGCAUUUGAAAACCAGUCAAGAUCCCACAGCUGAGCAGAAGUAAUGGCUUAAAAAGAGGCAGGUGAAUUGUACAAGUGCUCUGUCAAGAGGUCAAGGUGCCACGUCCAGCCAACUCUGCUGUGCAGCUCUGGAAAACUGCUCCUGGUUCUGCCUGUCUUCACUUUUAUAUAGAGCUUGUACCCUGCUGACAUCUGCCUGAGCACUGUGCCCUACAGUCACACCGAAUCCUCAGUGCCCCGAGGUUUUAUUUGCUUGUACGUGUCAGGUGUGAAGUUAUGACCCCCCUCUUCUCCCAGGCAGCUCAGUGGUGGGUUACAGUGAUCCUGGCUCCCUAAUAAAUCUAAGAGGAUGUGCCUGUAAUACACUGAUUUAACUAUCCAUGCUGGACUUGCACUGUCAGCUUGAUUUUCCUGAACCAGAGGGUUCCUUCACCGCUCCCGAAGCCUGCCUUGCUUUGCAGGCCUGAUCCUGGGGUAGGGCCAGUGGGGAGUGCAUACCAUUGACUUCAGUGCUUUUUCCCUUCCAGCUAAGCCUGGAAAACCUUAGCCAAAAGACUGCAAACCACAGGGAAGUGGAGAGUGUGUGAUGUAAGUGACAUCUGACUUUAAAAACACUGGCCAGCACCAUGAAACCUCCAUCCUGUCCCGUGCCCUCCUCCUGCUGCCCUUCGGCUCCAGCUGCCUUGGGCAGUCCUGCCAUCCCCUGUGAUGUCUCUGAAGCUCUGCUACCCAGAGUGCUGCAACGGGGUGAAUUUGUAAAAUGUAUUAAUGCAUUGCACUUAGCAAACCUGGAAUCUUGUGUUCUGAGAGUGUGUUGGAAGAACCUGGCACGCCAAGUGCGGGGCUUGGAUAGCACAGUUUUUCUGCCUUGUAUGGCCUGAGGAGUUGUUAAAAUCUUUGAGAGAAUAAUAAGUUCUGCUGGAAUUCACCAUUUUCUGACUUAAAGUCUUUUAAACCAAUGUUUCAGUGUCUCCUUUUGCAGACUCUGGAGAUAAUUUUUUUUAACAUGUGCUACUUAAGAAAAAUUGUCAUGCAAAACAGCUGAACAGUUUCUUUUGCAUGAAAAAAGCAAAAAGCUUCAAACACAGAACAAAAAAUAAAGUAGGUGAUAUUCUGGGUAUGACUGGGCUGUCAGAACUGGGAGAACUGUCCCUUUUGCAGACGAGGAGCACAGAUCCAUGGGGAUAACUUCAAGUAUCAAAGGGAAGGAGAGGUCCAUGUGGUUGUACUCCUGGCUGCAUUUUAUUUAUAUUGUUCAUUUGGAGCUGAGCAGUCCCUGAGGAAAGGGCGAUGUCAGGAGCUAUAUUCCUCCCUUUGCUGUGCCCACUUGCUGUUCUAAUAAUAAUUCUCCCUCCUGUCUGUGCUGCUGCUGCAUUACAACACAGUCCUUAGUGCAGGGAGCACCUCCUCCUCUCCCGAGCUGCUCCUGAUAGUGGCUCUUCCUUUGUACACCACCUAAUACCACCCCCUCCGGAGCAUGAUAAGCCAAAACCAGUGCAUGAGAUACCUAAUUUUAUUUUCCUUCUCUGUCAGCUGGAAAAGCCAGUUUUGCCUAUUUUUCCUGCCUUCUGAUACCUUUCAGAUUUGCAGGCUAUGGAUUUUCUAGUGUGUCUUCUGUUGAUUGCAUAAAUGGCCUCUUCACAGUGGGUCUGGUGGACCUCCUCCACGUGCAAACUGCUUGGUUUAAAAAAAACAACAGAACCCAAGUUGGUUUUCCUUGCCUGUGUCAGGGCUGACACUCGUUCUGUUGGCCAGCGUUAGCAGCGGUUGGGGACGUUGGGGAGUAUAACUUAAGGGUAACAUAAAAUCUGCUUUGCCAUGAGAUUAAAGGACAGAUACACAGACUGUAUGAAACAUGCUUUGCCAUUUAAGCAAGCUCCUGAAUUUUUGCAAAUGUGUCUGAAGCUGCUCUGGAGUGCCUGGAUUACCACGCGGAGUGCGCAGAACCCACGGCCUCGCCGCAGGAUUUAGGUCACCCUUGCUGCGGAGCACACGGGUCCCGGGGUAUUGUCCUCUUCCUGGAAUUCCCGAAUCACCUCCUGGCUACUUCUGACAUCUGGUUUUUAGGAUUGAGUUUGCUCUAAAAGAAAUCAUGUCAUCAGGAGGAGCUGAAGAUGAUAUUCCUCAAGCAGAGAGGAAAACAGUGACAGACUUUUGCUACUUAUUGGAUAAGUCUAAACAGCUCUUCAAUGGCUUAAGGGAUUUACCUCAGUACGGGCAGAAGCAGUGGCAGUCCUAUUUUGGGCGAACGUUUGAUGUUUACACCAAACUCUGGAAGUUCCAACAGCAGCAUCGACAAGUAUUGGACAAUCGGUAUGGGUUGAAGAGGUGGCAAAUUGGGGAAAUUGCUUCCAAGAUUGGGCAGCUCUAUUACCAUUAUUACCUGCGCACCUCAGAAACCAGCUAUCUCAAUGAGGCUUUCUCCUUCUACUCAGCAAUUAGGCAGAGGUCAUACUACUCCCAAGUCAACAAAGAGGACAGGCCUGAACUGGUCGUUAAGAAGCUGCGUUACUAUGCAAGGUUCAUAGUGGUUUGUCUCUUGCUCAACAAAAUGGAUGUUGUAAAGGACCUUGUAAAGGAACUGUCAGAUGAAAUUGAGGACUACACUCACCGCUUUAACACUGAAGAUCAGGUGGAGUGGAACCUGGUUCUUCAGGAAGUGGCAGCAUUUAUUGAGGCAGACCCUGUCAUGGUUUUAAAUGAUGACAACACCAUAGUAAUCACCUCUAACAGGCUUUCUGAGACGGGAGCUCCGUUGCUGGAGCAGGGGAUGAUAGUGGGACAGCUUGCUCUUGCAGAUGCACUCAUUAUUGGGAACUGCAACAACCAGGUCAAGUUCAGUGAGUUGACAGUGGACAUGUUCCGCAUGCUGCAAGCGCUGGAGAGGGAACCCAUGAACUUGGCAUCACAGAUGAACAAACCUGGAAUGCAGGAAUCGACAGAGAAACCAGCAAGGCGGGAAAACCCCCAUAAAUAUCUCCUUUAUAAACCAACUUUUAGCCAGCUAUAUACAUUUUUAGCAGCAUCAUUUAAGGAGCUGCCUGCCAACAGUGUGCUGCUGAUUUACCUGUCUGCCACGGGCGUGUUUCCAUCAGGUCGUUCGGAUAGUGAAGGUCCAUAUGACUUUGGGGGUGUUCUGACAAACAGCAACCGGGACAUUAUCAAUGGGGACGCGAUCCACAAGCGAAACCAGUCCUACAAGGAGAUGCACUGCCUCCACCCUGGAGAUCUCUACCCUUUCACCAGAAAGCCUCUGUUCAUCAUCGUGGACUCUUCCAACAGCGUCGCCUAUAAGAAUUUCACAAACUUAUUUGGACAGCCAUUGGUGUGCUUGCUUUCUCCAACAGCAUAUCCAAAAGCAUUACAAGAUCAGUCUCAGCGGGGUAGCCUCUUCACACUCUUUCUGAACAAUCCUUUAAUGGCAUUCCUGUUUGUCUCUGGAUUAUCAAGCAUGCGCAGAGGAUUGUGGGAGAAGUGUCAGGAUUACCUUAGGAAAAUCAACCGGGAUAUUGCCCAGCUGCUGACCCACUCCCGGUCCAUAGACCAGUCCUUUCUUCAGUUUUUUGGGGAUGAAUUUCUUCGCCUGCUUCUCACAAGAUUUAUCUUCUGUUCAGCUACAAUGAGGAUGCACAAAAUCUUCCGGCAGGAGACUCGAAAUUAUCCCGAAUCUUACCCUCAGCUGCCAAGAGAUGAAACGGUGGAGAACCCUCACCUCCAAAAGCACAUUUUGGAGCUGGCUUCCAUACUGGAUGUUAGGAAUGUUUUCCUGGAAAACACCCUCGAUGACUAUUAAAAGAAACUGUCUUAUUGCAAAGGGGUUUCCCUGGCCACAGAUUUUGAAUGGUGCAGUUUUAUAAUGUGAAAAUCAUAAAAGGAAGUACUUGAUUUUAUUUUUAAAUUUAGGACCAUUAUUUUAAAAAGUAAUAAUAAACAGCUGUUAGUUGAGCUGUUCCAUUCUGUAUGGGGUCAAUUUUAUAAGCAGAAGUUUUCAUGUCUUUUAAAUGUUAAACUAAAGAAUCACUAGAGGUUUAUUUCUGGUCUUGUGGCUGUCAACCACAUUUCCAACAGCUGAUCCUAAGCAUAGAAGUAUUAUUGGUUACCUUUAGCCCACAUUUGUGGAAAUCCUUUAUUUUUAUACAAUUUUAAGAAAUUGGAAAGAAAAAAAUCAACAGAAAAACCAAUAUUUUAUCCCCAAAGAGUUUGGAUUUGAAAUGGUAAAGAUGGAACCACACAGUGCAAACCAACAAUAGCAAUAACAGAGUCCUUCAUAACAAAUAUAUUUUUUCAGUCUUAGGCAAGUGAGGAGACAAAACU